AUGCGGUUUAGUUUUCUUGUUUUCCUUCUUUCCGCCUAUCGGAUAAAUGGUCAUGGUCAACGCAACAGUAAAAGUCCAAUUGCUACCGGUGGACAAUCACAUAUCUCUCGGAAAAUGGAAGAUCAUGUGCAUGAUACAAAUCAUAUUCAAAAAGAUCUACAAGGUGAAAUAAAUCAAUCAAAAGAACAAUUGACUGAAGAAGAACAAAAUUUUUACUAUUUCAAAUUGCAUGAUACAAAUAAUGACAAUCGUUUAGAUGGCUUAGAAGUCAUAGCUGCAUUUAAUCAUGAACAUAAAGACAAUGUUCAUAAUCAUCCAAUAAUUGAAGAAAACAACACGACCACUCCACAUCCCGAUGAUGAAGAUCUUACUGAUAUAAUUGAUGAUAUACUUGAAGAAGAAGAUCUAAAUCAUGAUGGAUAUAUUACUUAUGAAGAGUUUAAACAUGCAUUGCAAAAUGAUAAAACGAUAGAAGAUUAA